AUGGCUUCACAACGAGAUAAAAGAGUGAUAUAUUUUGAAAAUUUUCUGGACCAAUUUGUUCUAAUGGUUCAACGGGAAAUCCACGAACGAUUAAAUACAAGCAUGUACCGUCUCCAAAUGCCUGACCACCUUGACUCCGUGAGUGGCCGCAGAAUACCACUUGGCCAGGAUCGCACGGCGCGUAUCUUCGGUCUUAGUUUUAAGUUUGGACGCAACGGAAACUGCGUAAAAUAUAUUAAACCCGUGAAGACUACCCUUCGUUGUCCCGUCAAGUUUGAUGACCUUCUAAUACAGCUGCCACUGUUGGACAAUGAACAAACUGUAUAUGUGGCGCACGUCACCGUCAGGGGAGCGCUCGAUUUUCGCCAAGGUAGAAAUGGCACGGUAUUUCAUCGGUAUACUUUGCUGAAUCAGCAGUACGAAAUGAUGAAUUCCGACGGGAAACCGGUCAAUCCGCCUCCAGCUGCAUAUUGUCUGAAGGCGAAGUCACCAUCCGGUUUAAAAAGCGUUUUAAAAAAAAGGCUUGAAGAUUUGAUUGUGAAAGGAGAAUUCAAAGACGCUGUGUUUUCCUCAUUUAAAAAAAUGCGAGAGGCCAAGAAUAUGAGUGGAAGCAAAACAAGUAUAACAUUCCUUUGA